AAAGAGCAAUGUUGCUUAUUAUAUUAACAAAUCCAAUAAAAAUGUUAUUUAUCACCGCCAAAUGUAAGGUGUGUGUGACUAUAUUAACAUACCGAAACAGAGCUAUAAAUUUCAUUUUUCUCGACAACAAAAGAAACAAAAAAUCAAAAUGGUAACCUCUUUGCUCUGUUUCUUUAUGAUCACCUUCGCUUCGCUGAUCUUUAUCGUCAAGAAGAUCAAACGACGCUCUGAAUGGAAUCUUCCUCCAAGCCCUCCUAUGUUACCACUUCUCGGAAACUUACACCAAGUUGGAGAAUUGCCUCACAGGUCAUUUCAACGUCUAGCCGAAAGAACAGGACAUGUUAUGCUUCUUCACUUAGGCUUUGUCCCUGUAACUGUUAUCUCAUCGAGAGAAGCAGCUGAGGAGGUGCUUAGAACUCAUGACCUAGACUGUUGCAGCAGGCCUAAGCUUGUCGGGACGAGGCUAAUCUCUCGGGGUUUUAAAGAUAUCGGUUUUACACCAUACGGGGAAGAGUGGAAGGAGCGGCGCAAGUUCUUGGUGCGUGAGUUUUUCUCUUUAAAAAAGGUUCAGUCUUUCGGGUAUAUCAGAGAGCAAGAAUGUAACUUUCUUGUCAAGAAUCUAUCAGAAUCAGCCGCGAAUCGAUCUCCGGUCGAUUUGAGCAAAACCUUUUUCUGGCUAACCGCAAGUAUACUGUUUAGAGUUGCCUUUGGACAAAGGUUCCAAGAGAGUGAGCUUAUUGAUAAAGACAAGAUCAAUGAGCUUGUGUUUGAAGCCGAGACAGCUCAGGCUAGUUUCACUUGCUCUGAUUUCUUUCCCAUCGCCGGACUUGGAUGGCUCGUUGACUGGAUUUCCGGGCAACACAAGAGGUUGGAAGAUGUUUUCUUGAAGCUCGAUACGCUGUUUCAAGGUGUGGUCGAUGAUCAUAUACAUCCUGGAAAAAUAUCAAAAGAUCACAGAGAUAUCGUCGAUUUAAUGUUGGAUGUGGCGCAUCAACAAGACAAAGAUGAUGAUUCCUUGAAGCUCACGAUAAAUCACAUUAAGGCACUACUAACGAAUCUAUUUCUGGGAGGGAUAGACACAGGGGCUAUUACCAUGACAUGGGCAAUGACGGAGUUGGUUAGGAACCCUGAAGUGAUGAAGAAAGUUCAACACGAGAUCAGAGACCGUCUUGGCAACAACAAGGAGAGAAUCACUGAAGAAGAUAUCAAUAAAGUUCCUUUCUUGAACAUGGUAAUCAAAGAAACAUUUAGGUUACACCCAGCAGCUCCUCUUCUGCUCCAAAGGGAAACAAGGGCUCACGUCAAGGUUCAAGGCUAUGAUAUUCCUCCAAAGAGAAGGAUCUUGGUCAACGCUUGGGCCAUAGGAAGAGAUCCGAAAUACUGGACAAACCCAGAAGAGUUUAACCCCGAGAGGUUUAUCGAUAGCCCUGUUGAUUAUAAAGGAAAACAUUUCGAGUUCUUACCGUUUGGGUCUGGUCGAAGGAUAUGUCCUGGUAUAGCAAUGGGGAUAGCUACUGUGGAAUUGGGACUCUUGAACUUACUUUACUUCUUCGAUUGGAGAGCACCUGAUGGGAUGACACAUAAAGACAUUGAUGUAGAAGAAGCUGGUACUCUUACAGUCAUCAAGAAAGUACCUCUCAAACUUGUCCCCGUUCGAGUUCAGUGA